CGGGACGCACCGCUGAGAUGGGCUGACCAAACCAAUGACGGAGAGCCCGACGUAAUGGGCAAGCCGGUCGUGACGGAGCCGCAGGAGGCACUGAAGACCGGAACCUCGAGCGGUCGACGAGAAGCGACGAGACGACGCUUCCCCGAGUAUGACCGGAGGGAGACUAUGGCGGAUAGGCACAGAGACGAAUGGCGAGAGAAAGUCCUAAAGCUCGCGAUAAAGGCAGAGGCAUAUGACUACAAGGACUUUCCGCGCGACAAACUUGACUUCCGCCGAAACCAUUUGCGAGGGCGAUAUGAGCCAUUAGGAUCUGGGGAAGACCGCCGCAAUGAUUCGCGCGGGAGGUAUGAGAGAGGGGGAUAUGACGCUUCUGCAGAACCAUAUCCGAAGUCCCUUGACCCCAGAGCAGCGAGAGGAUCGACCUCCAGAGGUGUAGACGACAGGCCACUCACUCCCAGGAACUUUUGCGUCUACUGUAGAGGAGAUGAUCAUAUUAAGAGAGAUUGUCCGGACCUCAAACGGGCAAUAGAUGAGGGACUUGUCGUGCUUGACGACCGCAAGUACGUCAAGUGGGCAGAUGAUCUGGAAGAUGUAUCGAUGUUCCCUUCGAUGAAGGAGAAUGUCGAAGCAAGGAGAGUAAAGCCGAGUAAAGGAAAGGAGUCGGUCAGGAGCCAGAGCAUCAAGAUAACCUUUGAGGGGGAUAUGGCGACCACACCCAUAAGGGUGGCAGCCACCAAGUCGGCGAGAGGGUCUACAUCGAAGAAGACUGACACAGAUUACGUGAUGGCGGAGAAGGAUGGACAACGGAUUGACGGAGAGGAGGUUAUUCUUUCGCCGCGAAAGCGGGGAGUGAAGACGUUCUUGAUGAAGAGUUCACUGGACGAGAUUGACACGGUCGAGCCACUGAGGCGGGCCCUUCGGCAGCCCAUGCAGUGCUCUAUUCUGGAGUACCUGGCGGCAUCGAAGCCGACUCGCGAUGAGUUACAGAUCAUCACGCGGAAGACUCUCAUACCUCUAUCGGAGGAGGCUCAGGGGGCCCCUAAGGCGGAAGCUCCUACUGUAGCAGUGACGGGGGUGAUUGCCAGAGCAGAUCGUAUGGUGACAGUCCUUCUUGAUGGGAUGGAAGGUGUGUCUCCGGACAAGUCUUACAUACUUGGUAGUGGGGCCGUGGAGACGAUCAUAAACGAUGGAGCGGUACUAGAUGCUGUGAUCGAUAACGGCAGUGAGGCUGUCAUUAUAGACGAGGAUCUGGAAGUACAGGUUGGCCUGGGCCUUGAUAGGUCAUACGUAUUUGAGAUAGAGACUGCUGAUGGGAGAAAGCAACAGAUCACUGGGGUUUGUCACGAGGCAGCCAUAGAGGUCCAAGGGGUACGAGUGACCCUGCCUGUCUUUGCAGUCAAGAACUGCAGCUCCGAUCCGCUCUUGGGACGAACGUGCUUAAGCCACGUGCAUGCGGUAACGAUAGAGCGACCAGAUGGGAGCCAGACAUUGUCCAUUAAGAAGCCAGACGGGACGCGAGUGAUGAUUGAGACGGUGCAGCCUCGGGACCCGAGGAACAGAGCAGCUCUUGCAGUGGGAGCAAGACCCAGUGAUCAGAUUAAGUCAUUACCUAUCUCUGGCCGCGCGGUGCGAUUUCGUGAGAAGAAGUAUGAACCACUGCUCACAGAGGAAGAAGGUCGGAUCGUGGAAAUGAAAGAUUUGGGGAGUCGGCUGAUAGAAGACGGCAACUCGUACCCAAAGGAGACAGAUGAGGAAUUUGGCGGGGUGGUAUCUGUGUCUUUUUUAAGGGCACGGCCCCUUAUGGGGGGCUACCCAAGCGACACAAGCGAGUAGCUCAAAAGGUUAAGCCAGCGGCGGUGGGCCGCAAACGAUCUUCACUGGAAGGGAUAUUGGAAGAAGAGAUCGCCAAAGAAAUCAAAGAAAGAAAGAAAA